AUGGAUGGACGCGCACCAAGAAUAAAAAACCGGGCCCCAGCCGCCAUCCAAGUUACCGCUGAGCAACUUCUUCGAGAGGCCCAAGAAAGACAAGAAGGUGCUUUCCGUGCACCCAGACAACGAGUCGAGGAUUUCGAAGAACUCCACGAAUACAGAGGACGAAAAAGAAAGGAAUUCGAGGAGAGAAUUAGAAGGACGAGGGGAAGCAUUAAAGAAUGGCUUCAAUACGCAAAUUGGGAGGCUUCUCAAAAUGAAUUUGCUCGGUCUCGUUCUGUUUAUGAGCGUGCGUUGGACGUUGACCCACGCAGUAUUCAAUUAUGGUUGAGUUACUGUGAGAUGGAGCUCAAGUCCCGGAACGUCCAACACGCGAGGAAUCUUUUCGACCGUGCGGUUACGCUACUACCCCGAGUUGACCAACUCUGGUAUAAAUACGUCUACCUCGAAGAACUCCUUCAGAACGUACCUGGGGCACGACAAGUAUUUGAAAGAUGGAUGCAGUGGGAGCCGGAUGACAAGGCAUGGCAAGCUUACAUCAAGAUGGAAGAAAGGUAUGGGGAGUCGGACCGUGCGAGUGCGAUUUAUGAGAGAUGGGUCGCUAUAAGACCCGAACCGAGGGUUUGGGUGAAGUGGGGGAAGUUUGAGGAGGACCGACAAAAACUAGAUAAGGCGAGAGAGGUGUUUCAAACUGCGCUCGAGUUCUUUGGGGACGAUGAACAACAGAUCGAGAAAGCUCAAGCUGUUUUUAGUGCGUUCGCGAAAAUGGAGACCAGGUUGAAGGAGUAUGAGCGUGCUCGUGUCAUCUAUAAGUUCGCACUCGAACGCAUACCUCGCUCAAAAUCAGCUGGGUUGUAUGCUUCGUAUACAAAAUUCGAGAAGCAACAUGGGACGCGGACGUCUUUGGAGACCACUGUGCUCGGAAAACGAAGAAUUCAAUACGAGGAAGAGUUGUCUCAUGACCGUCGUAAUUACGAUGUCUGGUUCGAUUUUGCUCGACUUGAGGAAGGUGCCUAUCGUGAUGUAAAGGAGGAAGGUGCUACGGCCAAUGAAGAGGAGGCUGCUGUAGGCCGAGUAAGGGAGGUAUAUGAGCAAGCUGUCGCCCAAGUACCACCAGGGAAUGAGAAACGACAUUGGAGACGGUACAUAUUUUUAUGGCUUGAUUAUGCUCUCUUCGAGGAAAUUGAAACAAAGGAUUACGAGCGAGCCCGACAAAUCUACCAAACCGCUGUCCAGCUAGUUCCUCAUAAAGUUUUCACCUUCGCCAAACUAUGGCUGAACUACGCCAAAUUUGAGGUACGAAGAUUGAAUCUUCAAGCCGCACGGAAGUUGCUCGGUGCGUCAAUUGGGAUGUGCCCGAAGGAAAAGUUGUUCAAAGGCUACAUCGAGCUCGAAGUUGACCUAAGGGAGUUUAGCAACGCACGGACGUUGUAUCAAAAGUAUUUAGAGUUCGAUCCAUCAAACUCGUCCGUGUGGAUCAAGUUCGCCGAACUAGAGUCUCAGUUACAAGACUUUGCACGAACACGCGCGAUAUUCGAACUGGGGGUAUCUCAAUCACCGUUGUCCAUGCCAGAAAUCCUUUGGAAAGCCUAUAUUGAUUUCGAGGUGGAGGAAGGAGAACGAGAGGCAGCGAGAGCGUUGUAUGAACGGUUAAUAGCGUUGAGCGGGCACGUCAAGGUCUGGAUAUCCUAUGCGUUAUUUGAGGCGGAACCCAUUCCUUUACCGAGAGCUGUUCGGGAGGAGGAGGAAGAGGAGGAUGAAGAGGCAGAGCGGAGGAUGGUGGCAGGAGACCCUGGCCUUGCUAGACAGUUGUUUGAUAGGGCAUAUAAGGAUUUAAAGAACAAGGGGUUCAAGAGCGAGCGUGUAGCCCUUCUCGAAGUUUGGAAGACAUUUGAACAAGAACACGGUAGUGCUGACGAUGUGGUGAAGAUAGAGGGUAUGAUGCCUGUUGUUAGUAAGAAGCGGAAGGUAGAUCAAGAAACUGGUCAGACAGUUGAAGAUUGGGACCUUGUUUUCCCCGACGAUGAGAGAGAAUCGAAUCCAGCGUCUUUCAAACUCCUCCAGAUGGCUCAUGCAUGGAAAAAUGCCCAGAAGAGCGGGAGCGCGUCAAAGCCUUCCGAGUUCUUGUCGUCUCUAUCGUCGUCUACUCAAGCUCAGAGUAGCAGCAAGGACGCAAAUUCAAAAAAUGACGGUAGCGAUGGGGCUAGUUCAAGUGGAGGCGACGAGGACGAGGACGAAAGGAUGGUGGAUUGA